UACCUGCGUACUGUUAGAUCGAUCGACGUUUGAUUCUGUGCUGGCUAAACAUAGAUCCUUUGCUCAAAUUAUUCGUCAUAGCUAUACAUAGAAACAGUACCGUGAUUACCUUUAAAAGUUGACGCCUGUUGCAUCAUAAGCUGUUUCGGCGAUACGGGUUAUGCUAGGGUUUAUUUGUUUUAAUUGAAUAAAUUUGAAGAAGCAGAAAGUAAAUACUCUUGCUGUACGGCUGGCCUAAUACUACUAAUAUAGUUCUUAGUGAAACAUGGCGGGAAACAAACACAAAAUGGAAUUUGUUCCAAUGUCAAAAAUAAUGAAAACAACAACGUUUCGGGAUUUGAGGUGUUCUGACUGGGUAGCAACAGAAAAGAUUCAUGGAGCCAGUUUUCAGUUUUUCACAAACGAUGGUAUCAACAUCCACAUGGCAAGUCGCAGAAGGGUGCUUGACGGAGAAAAGUCUUUCCAAAAAUGUGACUUGGUAGAAUUCCAUAGUCGUUAUCAUGGACAUGUGAACCGACUUUUCUCUUUGAUCGGGGAAGACUCCCGAUGGACAGUAUACACAGAUAGAAGUAGAAGAAGUUGUGAUGCCGAUGAUGACAGGGACAAUGAUGGAGGUAACUUAAUCGGAGAAGGUGCGAAAUGUUGCGAGCUUAAGAUUAUUGGUAAGGUCAUUGAUGGAAAUAACGGAAUUGUGGAUUAUGUCACAACUGAUCAUCGAUUAGGUACUGAUGUAAUCUCCUCUGAACAUGACAUUUCAACAAAUGAGACACACGAUGACAUAGAGCUACGUGUAUAUGGCGAGUUGUACGGCGGUGGAGGAGUACACGAAAACGUGAGCUCAGCUCUUCAGAAAGAGAUUAUUUACAGCGACGAGUUUCGAUUUUACGUUUUCGCAAUUUCGAUCAACCGGAAGUGGUUAAACGUGACGGAGUUGAAUGACUUGUGCAAACAGGCGGGGUUUCCGUACUACGCUACUCCCGUCUGCGAGCCCAAGGCCACGGUGAAAGAGCUCGUCUGCUGGUUGACCGAAAGCGGCUUCAUGACAAGUAAGUCGAGGUUCACAGACAAGGAUGGUGAUGCGAACACGAGGCAUAAGAAGACAGGCACUCAACUGGAAUCUACAGGUGAUAAAAGAAAAGAGGCAGACUAA